UAGUUCCCUUAAUUUAGAAAACUUCAUGGCUGCCACCGCCGCAGACUCCGCCACGUCCACCAUUUCCGCCGCCGACACGACGGCACAUUUGGCCGAUUUAAAACACGAUGCUGUAGAGGAACCAAGCAGUUCCUCAAAAUCGGAAGAAAAAAUCGCAUCCGAAAUCGAAAUCGGGAACCUAACGAUCAACGAGAGCAAUAAUAAGUUCUUUCAUGAUCCUGAAAGCUGCAACAUUAAAACCAUUACGUCAGGGGAUACGCCGUACGCAUCGGCAUUUACGUUUGAGGAAUUGAAUUUGUUACCAGAAUUAUUGAAGGGAUUAUACGUUGAGAUGAAAUAUGAAAAACCUAGUAAAAUUCAGGCAAUUAGUUUGCCAAUGAUUUUGAAUCCUCCUUAUUUGGAUUUAAUUGCUCAAGCUCAUAAUGGUUCUGGAAAAACUGCUUGCUUUACUCUCGGAAUGUUAUCUCGUAUCGAUCCGAAAUUAAAAGCUCCUCAAGCAUUCUGUAUUUGUCCUACCAGAGAAUUGGCCAUUCAGAAUCUGGAAGUGCUUAGGAAGAUGGGGAAAUAUAGUGGGAUAACUUCAGAAUGUGCUAUUCGAGCGGGAUUUGGAAAUGAAAUUCAUACGGGCAAGAAGCAAACUAUUAGGCCGCCUAUUACAUCUCAAAUAGUUAUCGGCACCCCGGGCACUAUUAGGCAUCGGAUACGUGCUAAUAAAUUGAGUUUGAGUUAUCUCAAGAUUCUUGUGUUGGAUGAGGCUGAUCACAUGCUUGCAGAGGAUGGAUUUAAAGAUGAUUCUGUGCACAUAAUAAACAAGAUUCGAUGCGUCAAUCCUCAGUGUCAGGUUCUCUUCUUCUCUGCCACAUUCAAUGAGACUGUUAAAGAAUUUGCUGCAAAGAUAGUUAAAGGAAAUCACAACCAGUUAUUUGUGAAGAAGGAAGAACUAUCAUUACAGUCGGUGAAACAGUACAAAGUGAAUUGUCCUGAUGAACUUGCUAAGGUUAUGGUGAUCAAGGACCGAAUUUUGGAAUUCGGAGAGCGUGUAGGACAGACGAUAAUAUUUGUACGCACCAGGAAUAGUGCAAUGACGUUGCACUGGAUCCUUGUUGAAAUUGGUUACGAUGUUACCACAAUUCAAGGUGCUCUCAAGCAAGAAGACCGAGACAGGAUAGUGAAAGAGUUUAAAGAUGGGUUGACUCAAGUCCUUAUUUCAACCGAUCUUCUUGCUCGGGGUUUUGAUCAAGAUCAGGUCAAUUUGGUGAUUAACUAUGACCUUCCUGUGAAACAUAACCAUCCUACGGAGCCUGAUUGUGAAGUUUACAUGCAUAGAAUUGGCAGAGCAGGACGAUUCGGCCGCAAGGGAGCUGUGUUCAACUUGCUAUGCAGCGAUGCAGACAAAACGAUAAUGACCAAAAUCGAAAAUCAUUUCGGCACGGAAAUUGCAGAGGUUCGUGACUGGAGAAAUGAGGAAGACUUUGUAGUUGCUCUCAGAUCAGCUGGUUUACUGUAACCAAAGCUUGAAAUUUGGAAUAAUUUUGGAGUUUAAAAUUUACAUGUUGGGAUUUUUGGAGCACAUUUUGGGAAUUUUAGGUAAAUAUUUUGGUUGGAUUUUUCAUAAUUUUACAUUUUGGCAUGAAAUCAUAGAAAAAGGUUUGAU